GGCGGAGCGGUUCGGGCGGCGCACAGGGCGAAGAUGGCGGCGGAGCGGCAGGACGCGCUGAGGGAGUUCGUGGCGGUGACUGGCGCCGAGGAGGACCGGGCCCGCUUCUUCCUCGAAUCGGCCGGCUGGGACCUGCAGAUCGCCCUAGCAAGCUUUUAUGAGGAUGGAGGGGACGAAGACAUUGUGACCAUUUCGCAGGCAACCCCCAGUUCAGUGUCCAGAGGCACAGCCCCCAGCGAUAAUAGGGUAACAUCCUUCAGAGACCUCAUUCAUGACCAAGACGAGGAGGAGGAGGAAGAGGAGGGCCAGAGGAGCAGGUUUUAUGCUGGGGGCUCAGAAAGAAGCGGACAGCAGAUUGUUGGCCCUCCGAGGAAGAAAAGUCCCAACGAGCUGGUGGAUGAUCUCUUUAAAGGUGCCAAGGAGCACGGAGCUGUGGCUGUCGAACGAGUGACCAAGAGUCCCGGAGAGACCAGUAAACCAAGACCAUUUGCAGGGGGCGGCUAUCGCCUUGGGGCAGCACCAGAGGAAGAGUCUGCCUACGUGGCGGGGGAAAGGAGGCGGCAUUCCGGCCAAGAUGUUCAUGUAGUGUUGAAGCUCUGGAAGAGUGGCUUCAGCCUGGACAACGGUGAACUCAGAAGCUACCAAGACCCAUCCAAUGCCCAGUUUCUGGAGUCGAUCCGCAGAGGGGAGGUGCCGGCCGAGCUGCGGCGGCUAGCUCACGGUGGGCAGGUGAAUUUGGACAUGGAGGACCAUCGGGACGAGGACUUCGUGAAGCCCAAGGGAGCGUUCAGAGCCUUCACUGGCGAGGGCCAGAAACUGGGCAGCACGGCCCCCCAGGUACUGAAUCCCAGCUCUCCAGCCCAACAAGCAGAAAACGAAGCCAAAGCCAGCUCUUCGGUCUCAAUCGAUGAGUCCCAGCCCACCACAAACAUCCAAAUACGGCUCGCUGACGGCGGGAGGCUGGUGCAGAAGUUCAACCACAGCCACAGGAUCAGCGACAUCCGACUCUUCAUCGUGGACGCCCGGCCAGCCAUGGCUGCCACCAGCUUCAUCCUCAUGACUACCUUCCCGAACAAAGAGCUGGCUGACGAGAGCCAGACCCUGAAGGAGGCCAACCUGCUGAACGCCGUCAUCGUGCAGCGGUUAACAUAACCGCCCGCCUGGCUGGCGGCCUCCUCUCCCUCCCGCGUCCCCCUGGCUGGCUGCCCCACGGGGACCGCCCCUCCCGCCCCCUCCCACACACCCAGCAGGCCAGGGCCACGUCUUGUCUAUCGCUCUGGGUUCUUAGAUCUCAGUUGGACAUUUGUUUUCUCCUUAGUUGCGUUUCCUGGGUUUUUGUGACGAUCAAUGGACUUUAAAGAAAAAAAUAAAAAUGACCAAAAAAAAAGGAAA